GCUGAGGCUGGCGGGCAGGACGCCGGCUGCCACUGACCGGAGAGAAGCUGCCUGCCGACGUCAGCCUGGGUCGCAGCCGCCGCCGCCGCUGUGGGGCAGACAGCAUCUAGCAGUGUUGGCAUGUAGUAGGCCCUCAAGAAAUGUGUGUUGAAUGAACGAUGCCUGUGACAAGCAACUGGACUUUAUUCUUUCCUGACCCUUGCUCCUAUGACACACCUCUUCCUGGCUGACACUGUCACCCCUUCAGAGCAGGACUGCUCUUCUCUAGGGAAGCUGGAAAGGAAACAGCCAUGGCCAAGGACAUCCUGGGUGAAGCAGGGCUGCACUUUGAUGAGCUGAACAAGCUGCGGGUGUUGGACCCAGAGGUUACCCAGCAGACCAUAGAGCUGAAGGAAGAGUGCAAGGAGUUUGUGGACAAAAUCGGCCAGUUUCAGAAAAUAGUUGGUGGUUUAAUUGAGCUUGUCGACCAACUUUCAAAAGAAGCAGAAAAUGAGAAGAUGAAGGCCAUUGGUGCUCGGAACUUGCUCAAAUCUAUAGCAAAACAGAGAGAAGCCCAACAGCAGCAACUCCAGGCACUAAUAGCUGAAAAGAAAAUGCAGCUUGAAAGGUAUCGGGUUGAAUAUGAAGCUCUGUGUAAAGUAGAAGCAGAACAAAAUGAAUUUAUUGACCAAUUUAUUUUUCAGAAAUGAACUGAAAAUUUCAUUUUCUAGCAGGAGGGCAAAAAAAAGAAAAAAAACCCACAACCCCCAAACCAAAAAAACCUCUGUACCAAUCCAGUGACUUGACUAAUGACUCAAGUGUGUUGUGUGAGAUGGUGUGUGAGGAAUGCAGCAUCUCUGAAGGCAAUAAAACAAAUCUGGGGGAGCUUGUUUCAGACGUCAGUGCCUAUCUGCAGGCGAACACCCAGUGGCCAUUGUGGUCCAGGUUCUCACCUCUUGCAUUCUCAGUCUGAACUGAGCAGCCUAUAAACUUUUUUUGUAAAUUCACAAAGCUUUGGAAGGAAAAGCAAUAAAUUAUUAUUUUCAAAUGA